AAACAGACAGUACGCAGACAUCGUAUUUACCAUCCAUUCUGCAUUUGCUCGCGCUUUAUUUAAUUCGUCGUAAUUCUGCAGCUUGUUUUGUUUACAUUGUUAUCUGACGAACUCUUCUUGGUGAACACAAUAGUACUACGCCCGUGCUACGGAACAAAUUAUUUUACCUGUUUUUAUGGUAUUUUGAACUCAUUUUUAAUUGUGACUGUGCACUGUUCCUGUUGUUUGCAAGUUACUCGAUCUCGAUCCACGCGACGACGAUGAAUCGUCUUCAGUCUGUGACUGUGUUGGAGAGCGCUCAAGCCUACAACUUCGAGCCCAAGUACACGGCUGAAGAGAUAGCAGCUCGUCGAGCUAAACGUGCUGCAGCUGCAGUUCACACCUCGGCCUCGGGUCCAGCAUCCGAUGAAGAUCCUCCUCCACCACCACCACCCGAUCGUAUGGCAAACAAUCAUUGGUGCACCUGCGGGAAUUGUGUUCCCAUAGAUCAGCCUAUUCAGUGCCGCUGCUGCAAGGAGAUAGCGAAUUGCAACAGACUUAUGGAAGGAGACGACGACAUUCCAUGCAUCACAACUCACGAAGACUUUAAUAAAGUCUGCUUAGAGAAAGCAGUGUUGCGGACAGCUCUUGUCGCAAGACUUGACUGCAGGGGACACCGAGCCAGACUGCCCGAAGAGCUUGAUAGCGAAUCCUACCGAUACUGCGCAUACAGGAUGUUUACCUAUUGGGUGCACGGAAUCCUUGGCAAAGGUAAUAGACGCGUCAUCCCAGCAUGUGCCGUGUUGAAAAUCCGUACAACGUUUCCAGCCAGAGAGGGACAUGUGUAUGUUGGCUAUAGAGAACUACCUGAUGGCGAACUAGAAGAAGUUCCUGAAGAACUUGCUAUAUAAUAUAGCUGUAGAACUCUGCACUGAUCGCAAUGGCUAUUUUUUGUGUUAAGGGUACCACAAGUGAUGUUUGUGCAAGCUCCACUUCACUCCCGCUACACUAUGCUCCAUCUACCCGAAUGUCAAGUCGUUCAACUCAUACGGAUACUCCAAGUUGCAAGUGAGAAAAAAAGGGUAUUUAUUGCAAAAAUUAUACCAAAAAGAUACGAGAAGGAAUAAAAGCUUGAUUUCUUACUCUACACCCUUAUUUCACUCGGUGUCCAUCUUCCGGUUGUCCUCAAAAUUGGUGAUUUUUUAACAGUAUCUAAUUCCUCACACGUAUUAUUCACAGCAGAUUUCAAAACAUUGCAUGUGAUCGGUUGCAGGCCAAACAGCAUAAAUAUAUUAUAUUGGAUGGCUCACAAAAUACCAGAAAUAUUCUUUAGAGUUUGGGAAAAUGUUCCACUGAUUCUUGGAAUAUAUUCCCAAACUCUCAGAAUAUUUUUGGUAUUUUCUGAGCCAUCCAAUAUAAUAUAAAUAUCUAUGCUGUUUGGCCUGCGACCGAUGGCAUGCGAUGUUUUAAAAUCGGGCGUAAAUAAUACGUGUGAGGAAUUACAUGUAGAUACUGGCCAAAAAUCACCAAUAUUGAGGAUAACCUGAGGGUAAACAGUCAGAGUGGUCUGUGAAAAAAGGUGUAGGGUAAGAAAUAUAGCUUUUAUUCCUUCUCAUUGUUUCUGAUUCAUAUACUUUUUGCUACAAAUAUCCUUUUUUCCCCACCUUUGCGAGUCAGAGUGUCCAAACAAGUUCACCUCCAUGUACUUGAUGUUCAAGUAGGUGGAGCGUAGUGUAGCGGUAGUGAAGUUGAGCCUGCAUGAAUAUCACUUGAGGUAUGUUAAGGGGAGCUUGGGAAGAUUUCUAUUAAAAUUAUGGGGACUAGGUCUUUCAUCUCGAGGCCUACUGUUUGCUCAAUAAAUGCUAAGUAUAUUUCUACUGUCUGUAGAUUAUUGAUUUUACAAUUUUUUUUUAUAUUGUUUAAAGCAUGUACUAUGAAAAAGAUGAAAAAAAUGUAGGCCAAAUUGUAUAAUUUGUACAACAGUUGAUUGAUUCUCUGUUAAAAUUCUUAAUAUUUAGUUUUUGAAGGGCAAGUUUAGCAUUUUGUAAAUUUAGCAUCUCUCAAGUCAACAUUUGUCAUUUAAUUUAAACUUGUGAAAAUUUCCGUGAACAUAAAACUUGUCAAACACAUGUGCUUAACAGUACGAUUGUUUUUAAUUAGCAGAUUUCUAAACUUUUUUUUCACUUACGUGUAUGCAUUGUUUUGUUUUAUUGGAACUUUGCUUUUGAUAUUUAUAUUUCUCUUUGAUGUAGAGAUUCAAAGUUUAAGGCCCGAACAAAUAUAUUUUGUGUCAUCUAUCUUCUUGAACACUGGACUAUGUUUUUGUUUUAAUAGAAACGUACAACAGCUUUACCUCAGUGUUAUAAAAUACUGGGAGAGGCAGAAUGUCAUUUUACCUGUAUCAACCAACAUUGUUCAAACUGGUAAAUAAAUAAGUGAAAAUGCAAAUAAAUCUUGAGAUUUGUCUGUUUGUUGUCUAGUAUACAAUAUCUUUGAUCCUGCAUUUGCCAUAGAGAAGUUCAUGGAUGAAAAUGAAAGGGUGAGAGAAGAAAAUACUGAGCAGUAAGGAGGGAGUCUGAGCAGCUACAAACUCAGUAGUUAGAAGUUAUAGUGGAAAACAUGAGAACUGAGGGUGAAAUCCUGAUGUGAGGAUUGAAUGAGAGAAAUGGCAAGUAAGGCUGAAGAUUGAAUGGUUGAGAAGUGAGAAAUAGAGGAGGGAAAAGAAGUGAAAGUGCAAGGAAAACUGGCAAGAGUAUCAUUUGUACAAGUGUUAUUAAAACAAAAACCACAUCGAAAUAAACUGGGAAUGUCAAAAGGAUGCUGUAAACAUGGGAUCAUACUUCGAUAUAUUUCGAUGAAAAAAAAAUUGGUGUUCUGAUAAACCUAGGUUUAACCCAAGUCUAACCUAAACUUUUCAGUGUUGACCUCCCCAUUUUAAACCACUUAUGGAAUGCUAGAGUUCCGGGGGGGGGGGGGCGUUUCAUGAAAGGACUUGUCGGAUAAAACCUCCGACAAGUCCCAUUUUAUCCGGCAGUUACAAUAGUAACAGUACCUUUCAGCCAUUCAACAUCAGAGAAAGAUGUCUGAUCUGACAACUUGUCGGAUCAAAAUGUUGAUGAAACGAUCCCCAGAUUUCCUCAUAUUCAUGGCAAUGGCAAUAUAUUGAUUUAGUGAGCCACAUUUUUGUAUUUUCAUAUUCUCACUUAUAUACUUUGGGGCAUUUUGCAGUAUAAGUUCUAACUGGCAGGAGUGUGAGAGUUCAGAUUUUUAGCUGAUUUCAGACUUUUUUUGCUAUGAUUUUCAGCUUAUUUUUUGGCUAACGUCUGGACAAAAAGUAUGGGGGGCUCUCUCUAUUGUAAGAUAAUCAUCACUCUUCAGCUUUUUAAAAUCUUUUUAUUUGUGACCACUCACACCCAUCUAUAAAAGUGUGGUCUCAUUAAAUCCUUGGGCACGUAACCCAAGUUGAGAGAUUAAUCACUUCUGUGAAAGAACAAUUCUGAUGUUGACAUAGCGAUUAAUCAAGCACCUUCAUGUUACGGGCCCAAAUCAUGCCACUAUAUCUUGAUGAUUGUAAUGGAAAUAAUGAGGAUGGGAGGACAAAUGCCCUGGAAUUGCAUAUACCAGGAGUGGAAAAAAAAUGCUUUCAGAAUUUCAAUUUUCACUAUUGAU